UUCAUUUUCAAAGAAUUUUAUCCUACUCUUAUCACUCUACUCUACUUAUCUCGAGAUCCUUCUCAUACGUGACAGCCAUUGACACCUUGAACUUUCUAUCCCGCGGAACCACCGAGUGACGUCAUCAUAUACUACCUCAUCUCCCACGACAGCUCAUUGACCUCCCACUGCUUUCCAACUUUCACUCCUCCCUCUUUUUGCCUCCAAACCGAAAGCUGAAGCAUCAAUUACUUCCCCUUACUACAAACCAAUCCUCCAAGUACACCAAGAUGCCUCGUGCCAACGAACCUACCGCCAAGGUCUUCUACAAGGGAGCUUCCGAGGACUUCAUCGUCUUCGUUGACGACAUCCAGAUUCUCAACAACUGGCGCAAGGACCGCUCAAUCCCACUGGCCGAUGUGGUAAACGGCUUUAAGAUCUUUGUCACUCACAAACACGGUGCUCAAGGCAUCAUGGACAACGCUAGCAAGGGUAUUCUGGACACCGAGUUCGGCACAUCGAACGAGGAUGAGUGCAUCAAGAAGAUUCUAGAGAACGGUGAAUACCAGUCCUCUGUGACGAGGGAACGCCAGGAUGAUACCAAUGUUGCUAACGGCCCCGUUGGCAUUGGCCGGUAAUUUCUUAAUUUAGCGGAGCUAAGCAUGUUUUUAUGAGCCAUGGAUUGGGUUGUUAUUGGGGUGUUUUUUUGAAAUUUUAUUGUAUCUUAAGAUGGGAUGGAUGGGAUUAUGUUUGCAUAAAUCAUGGCAUCAAUGAAAU